AUGGGGCGACGGAGGGUUGUCGUUCACUCGCGUAUGCAGCGGCAGAGUGCAGAGCGAGUGUGUGCCAACAUGUCAAAACCAAUGGAUCACGUUAAACGUCCGAUGAAUGCUUUCAUGGUUUGGUCCAGAGCCCAGCGCAGAAAAAUGGCUCAGGAGAACCCGAAAAUGCACAACUCCGAGAUCAGCAAGCGACUGGGAGCGGAGUGGAAACUUCUCACCGAGUCUGAGAAAAGGCCAUUCAUAGACGAAGCCAAGCGACUGAGAGCGAUGCACAUGAAGGAACACCCAGACUAUAAAUACAGACCGAGGCGGAAACCCAAGACUCUGAUGAAAAAAGAUAAGUUUUCCUUCCCUGUGCCGUACAACCUCGGGGAGCACGACGCGCUGAAAGUUAGCGGACUUUCCACUGGAGCACUUUCCGAGUCUGUUCUGGGGAACCCCGAUAAGGCAGCAGCCGCAGCUGCAGCCGCGGCCGCGAGAGUAUUCUUCAACCCGUCCAUGUCCGCUAAUCCCUACUCGUUUUUCGACCUGGGAUCCAAGAUGACCGACCUUUCUCCACCUUCCUUUCCGUACGCGUCUCCUCUGGGCUACCCGCCGGGAGGCGCCACGGCGUUCAGCGGGACUGGCGGCGGGACGCACACCCACACUCACUCACACCCGUCCCCGGGAAACCCGGGCUACAUGAUCCCCUGUAACUGUACGGGCUGGCCCACGGCCGGACUCCAGCCGCCCCUGGCCUACAUCCUGCUCCCCGGGAUGGGGAAACCCCAACUUGAACCGUACCCCGCAUACGCUGCGGCGUUAUGAUAGGCCCACUGUGGACACUGUGGAAGAAAAUCAAAUGUGAAAUGAAAACAUACAACAACAGCAAACAAAAAAAAAAAAAACUAUUCAUGCAAGAGUUUUAUUAUGCAUGCAUAAACUUGUACAUGUGAUGAAGUGCUCGUCGUCUCAGAUAUCACAUGUGUAUGUAUAUUGAUUAAUGCCUUUAUCUAAGGUAAUGCUUAUUUAGAGAACUCUCUAUCACCACUCAGCUGACGCAACCCCGGGAAACGGACUGAACGAUGGCAAGACAUGUGCACAGAUUUCUGGGUAUCAGAGCAGUUUGCCCAUGUGUGAAACUCUUUUUUUGAAAGGCACCCUGCUCGAUUUCUAUCUUUUUGCACCUGCUUGUCCAACAUGAUGGAAUCAACGGCCGACACAGUGACCCACAGGACCACAGCGUUUUGCCCUCACACGAGUCGCCCAUAAUUCACGGAUCAAGGAGGAUUAUCACAACACUGUAAAUGUGUACAGACAAAUGACUUUAGUUUAUUUGCCGUCACAGGCUUAGUGUUCGAGAUAGGGCCAGGAACCUACGUAUUUCUCUAGAAACCCGGUGUAUAUUUUGAGUUUUUAAACCGUUUUAUAGAUGUCUGUAAUAUUUAUUGUUUAGUGGAAUCUAUGGUGACCAAGACAAUUUUAAAAAGGACAAGAUAUUUGCACAUGAAACGUAGAGGAUGUAAUUUAUUUUUAAGGUGUUAUUCAAUUCAGGUUUGAUUCACCAAACCGAUUUUCCCCCUUUAAACAGUAAGAAAGUUGGAAUUCAAAUGGAGACGGAGGUUUAAUCAGUGGGCUCCUAAUUUCCUUAAAGCCCCACAACCAAACUCCUCGUAUCAUGUGCAGCCGAAAAAAAAGACAUUUUUAACUAACUCUUAUGGAAUUUGUAUGUUUUGUGUUUUUCUUUAACCACCGUUAUGUACUUCACACUAUUGCUAUGUUCACUUGUUGAGCAAAAGGACUACAAUAAAGCCUAUUCGGAUUAAACGGAAAGGGAAUCGCGGCUGUAGUUCUUGAUGAGAUGAACAAGAUUGCUAUCUUCUCUUUUCCUGCUACUGCUCCUCAGUCCAGGUGAAGUGUAAGGUAUCCUCUAAAGGCCGCUUUUGUCCGCACUUUGAAUGGCAUUACUGGAGGGGAAAUCUAAAUCAGCCCAUUGUAAUCAGGAGCCAAAACCUUAUUUAUCACAAUUUUAAUCGUGAAUAGGGAGCAAGAUUAAACAGUGCGCUACUAUG